AAUAGAUCAAAGGAUGAUCAGAGUGGGAAUUUAAUCUUAAAAUCCAUCAAUAAUCCUGAAAUAGUUUAGUCAUUUACAUCAUAAUGAAAUUUAAACACUUGCAUUCAUUCUUUCUAAAGUUAAAAAUCUCCAGAGGCUGAGCAAAGUUUGAUAUUUCAGUCAUCACAAUUCACUCAAUUAAUCAACCAAGUCCAAUCCCGCACUAAAGGUAAAGUCCAGCUUUUGUGUGAAAUGCUGUCAGCUGUCUGGGCAGCAUGGAGGAAGGGGCCCUUCUGGGGCCUGAGCCUCGGUCCCUGCUCCCUCAGCUCCGCUCCUGCGCCGCCCGGCUGGCCUGCAGCCAGCUCCUCCAAAGAGGGCUGGCUCUCACCUCUCCUCUUCUCCUCCCUUCUUUCUCUCCCAAAGCCACAACAGUCUCUCUGCAGCAGCAGGCGAGAAAAGGAAGAGAAAAGCGACUAAAUUUAGUUCAGGAACUUUUUGGAGAGGGAGCGGACAAACUUCCAGGAUGAAUAAGGAGGCGCUUUCUCAGCUGGAUUACUGGAGGACGCAGGGAAAGUGAUUUUUUUCGAAAACAGAAGUGGGAGGCAGUUAUUAUUUCUUCUUCUUCUAGUUCUUCCACCGCAUGAGACGUGAAGGAUUUCCAUCGGUGAACAAAGCAGGCGCCUCUGAGCUGGAGCCGAACCCCGGAGCCUUGGCUCCCAUGCACUCGGAUCUCUGCGGCGGACAGUGAAGGAUGCGAGGAUGUCCUCCCUGAUCCCUCGUCUGCUCGUCAUCUGGCUGAGCGUGCACAGGCUGGUGUGGUGCGCGGAGCGCCCCUCUGCGCGCGAGCGCAUCAAGGUGGUCAUCGCGCCGCUCAUCUGCAAGCGGAUCUGCCUGAAGGGCCAGUGCCACGACACGUGCGAGCAGGGCAACAACACCACGCUGAUCGCGGAGAACGGCCAGGGCGCAGACACGCUGAUAGGACAGGGCUUCAGGGUCGUCGUGUGCCCCCUGACUUGCAUGAAUGGCGGCGUUUGCAGUUCCAGGAAGCACUGCCUCUGCCCUCCCGGCUUCACCGGCCAGCUCUGCCAGUUUCCACUUCAGCGUUCUCGCCAGGCUCAGGCAGCCCGCGGCAACAAGCAGCCUGUAUACUCUGUUCCUCUGAAGUCUGAUGGCCCGAAGCUGAUGGAGCAGUCCGGUCUGGGCCGCACACAACUGGCUCAAACACACUCAUUCUUUACCCUGCCCUUCUCACAGGGAGGGCAUCACUCAUCUGAAGUGCAUGUACGAGUUCAUCACACACCAGACACCUCUGUGGUCAUUCACUCUCUCGACCAAUCAGAUGCCAGGUCUCCUCACAAAAUCGGGCCACUUCCAGUCCCUUCAAGACACAAACCAAAGGGGCGAUGCUUCCAAGAGACCACACCCAAACAGGCUUGCAACAGCACACCACUUCCUGUUCUGACCAACCAGGAGGACUGCUGUGGCAGUGUGGGAAACUCAUGGGGACAAAACAAGUGUUAUCAGUGCCCCAAACUACCAAAUGCAUCAGUCAAACAUACUAUUGUAGAAGAUUACGGCUCUGCGUGCCCACAAGGCUACAAACGAUACAACAGCACUCACUGUCAAGACAUCAAUGAGUGCUCCAUGCAGGGUGUCUGUCAAAACGGGGACUGUCUCAACACUCUAGGCAGUUUCAAAUGUUCCUGCAACUCUGGCUUUAUCCUAGAGCGGAACCGAUGUGUCGAUUCUCCAGCUGAGCAGGCUCAGUGCUUCCUGUUGGCAUCCGAGUCCAAGGGCUGUGAGCAUCCUCUGUCGACGCAGAUCACCCAGGAGAUGUGCUGCUGCACGGUGGGCAAAGCCUGGGGACGCAACUGUGAGAGGUGUCCUCAUGUGGGUACAGUGGCUUUUAGUAAGAUCUGUCCAGCUGGGAAAGGGUACCUUCUUCAAAGUAUAACAGAGACUGUGGCCUUACCUCCCUUUUUCUUACCUCCCAAACCGCCAAAGGAGGAACAAGAGCGAGUGCCUGCAAACACAACCCCUGUACAGCAGAUUUCCACCAGCACCAGCGGUCCUCGUGUUCCUGUUGUUAAACCCACUCCUCCGACAAUCAUCCGAUUGAACCCGGGCAAUGACCCCCUCGAAACAGAGAUAAAAGUCUCCCCAGAGUCAGAUGAAUGUAGGCUGAGCAGAAAUAUUUGUGGUCAUGGAGAGUGUGAGAACAGCCCAAAUGGCCACAUCUGUCACUGUUACCCUGGCUACCAUCUCAGCCCACAGAGGAACAUCUGUGAGGACGAAAACGAAUGCGAGUUGGAGCCGUGCAGCCAGGGCAGAGGCCGCUGUGUCAACACAGAAGGAACGUACAAAUGCAUCUGUAGCCUGGGAUUUAAACACAAGGUGGAGCAUGGGGGCCUAAGAUGUAAAGAUAUUGAUGAAUGCCUGAAACCAGACAUCUGUGGCGUUGGAGGCCUCUGCGUGAACCUGCCAGGUUCCUAUAAAUGUGAAUGUCACAGCGGCUUCAGGAGCAAGUCCCCCCGAUAUCCAUUCUGUGAAGACAUCAAUGAGUGUUUGAAUCCUGAUACCUGUCCCAAUGAGCAGUGUGAAAACACACUGGGCUCCUACGAGUGCACUCCCUGCAUGCCCGGUUAUGAAGCCCACGCUGGCAAAUGUUAUGACAUUAACGAGUGUCAGAAUCUGGGAAUCUGCCCUAAUGGGCUGUGUGAAAACCUCCCUGGAACUUACCGGUGCCUGUGUCUGGACGGCUUCCUCCACUCUGCAGAUGGUAAAAGUUGCAAUGAUAUAGAUGAGUGUGCCGAUGUUCGACUCUGUGCUAACGGCCGCUGCAUCAAUACGGAUGGGUCUUUUCAGUGUCAGUGCUACGCAGGAUACCAGCGCACACAGGAGGGCAGCCAUUGUGAAGAUAUUGAUGAGUGUAAAAGGUCCUCGAAUUGUCUGAGGGGUCGCUGUAUAAACAACAUGGGCUCCUACCACUGUGAGUGCCAGAGGGGAUACAUGCUGGUUGGAGGGAAGGAAUGCCAAGACAUUGACGAAUGUGCCUCAGACAGAAACCUUUGCCAGCCCCACGGCUACUGUGAAAACCGGCUGGGCUCAUAUGUGUGCAUCUGCAAUCAUGGUUACAUCCCCUCAGAGGACAAACAGAGCUGCGAGGUGGUUCGAGUGGCAACAGAUGAGAAGAAAGAGUGCUACAUGAACCUAGAAGAUACUGUGUUCUGCGACAGUGUUCUCGCCACCAACGUCACCAAGCAGGAAUGCUGCUGCUCCAUCGGAAUGGGUUGGGGAGAUCAUUGUGAGAUUUAUCCCUGCCCUGUCUCCCACUCCGCUGAGUUCCACAUGCUGUGCCCGAAUGGCCAAGGCCUCUACUAUGAUGAAGAUCUCCACUACAGCCUCCCUGCCUACCUUGAUAUCGAUGAGUGCUCGCUGUUUGCUGAGGAAAUCUGUAAGAAGGGCCGCUGUCAUAAUACGCAGCCAGGUUAUGAGUGCUACUGCCAGCAAGGCUUCUACUAUGACAGCAACCUCCUUGUGUGCAUUGACGUGAACGAAUGCCAUGAUGAAUCUCUGUGCGCAAACGGCCACUGCGUUAACACAGAAGGAUCCUUCUACUGCGACUGCAACUCACCCUGGAUACCAGACACCAACAAGAAAAAGUGUGUGAUGGCGACAGUGUCAGAUGUGGACGAGUGCCAGGACCCUUCCUACUGUAAGAAUGGGAGGUGUGAGAACACGCCAGGCUCCUUUUAUUGUUUUUGCGACCCUCCCCUCACCUUUAGUGCUUUGCUGAAACAGUGCGUCUAUGAUGAUCGUACUGCAGCUUACAAGGACGUGUGUUUCGAGCAGGUUGACGAGGACCUCAUCUGCAGCCGGCCUCUUCAGAGUUUGGUGGUGACUUACCCAGAGUGCUGCUGCCACUUUGGCCGUGGCUGGGGCCCCGAGUGCAACACGUGCCCACCAAGAAACUCAGAGAUGUUCAAUCGUCUUUGUGAAAUCCAUCUUGAUACUGAGUCUGAUGGGGAGCAGGAUUUUCUGGCAGCUUUUGUUAACUAUAAGCCAGGUGAUAGUUCAGAAGAGGACUCAGACGAAUGCAGUUGUGAAAACGGCCACUGUGUCCGUUCCUAUCUGAGCACCAUGUGCAAAUGCAACCCAGGCUAUAGGCUGGACCACUCCCGUGCACGCUGUAUAGACAUCGAUGAGUGUGCAGAGCGAGCCCCCCGUGUCAGCCCCUGUAAGAACGCUCGCUGUGUGAACACGUCGGGUUCAUAUAAAUGCUACUGCAAUCACGGCUUUGGGCCCACGCGCAGGCCAAACAUAUGUGUCCGUCGCAGGACCCGGUAACAUCUGAACGCACAUUUUUUUUUGUUCCCUUUGUGUGCAACAUGCACAGCACAGACGGGCUAAAUGCACACACGGCUCUACCAGCACAAACAUACAUGCUGUGUGGGGACGCAGUGCACCCAAAAACUUUGAUCUCAUCUGGAGUUUUAUCGCAGUUAUGGCUCAAUGAAAUGGACACAUCUUAUUAUUUGUUUCCUUAUUCAGCAUAAAAUCUAACUGAAAUACACAAUUGCUCCAUUUUUUUAAUUAUUGUUUAAUUAUUUUUCUUUGGUUUAAAAGUUUUUAACUGUACAUUGUUGUGACUUUGUUGCUCUUUCUGCUGCGUUAGUUCUUUGGUUUAAAAAAAGGUCAGCCUUCUAAAAAAUAAAUGCUCUUUUUGGACCGAUAUGACAUUGAUUUUAUCGUUUUCAAGAGGAUAGAUACAAAGAAAAUGACAAGAUUUCCUCUCCCCUUUCAUUCCUUUUUGAAUCCACAACAUGUCUGAAUCUAAAAUGUAUUUUUUUAAAACAUUUAUCAUGUAAACUCACUUUGCUUCAUUGUACAGUUUGUUCAGUUAAGCAGUCCCUGUGUUUUUUGUUUAUUUGUUGGUGUACAUUUCUUGUGUUAUCAUUUGACAUGUGCACAUAAGUGGACUUACUAGAAAGAAAGAAUAAGAAAUUGAUGCACUAAGCGCUGAAUACUGAUGAAAUACUUGCCAAAUGUAGCUUCAUCUGGAAAUUCAAGAAGGUUUACAAUCAGCUUAUUGAGAAUCCCAAAGAUGAUGUUACAACGAGACAAAUUUAUUAAAAAAUAUUUGAAAUAAAAAAA